CGAAGAACCAAGCCCGAUCGGCGAGCAGCUCACUUCUCGAAAGAAGAGACCACCGAGAUUCGUGCCUGCAACGGAAAAAAGGGUCUCUCUGCGCGACUGCGGCUGACAAUGGCGACGAGAAAUCGGACUGUGGCCACGGUAAACCAUGCAAAUCAAGAAAAUAUUAAAAGUACGAAGCCUUCGGUGGCUGUUGUGCCAUCGAAAGGGAAGAGAGCUGCUCUAGGUGAGAUAAGCAAUAAAAUUAAUACAACGAGGGGCGUCGAGCCGAUCGACAGGAUUAGUUUAUUGCAAAAGAAGAAAGUGACAAUACCAAAGCGGCAAGUUUUGAAGCCAGUGGCGAAUCCAGUUGCAAAACCAACAGUAAAUCCAGUUGUGAAACCAACAGCAAAUGCAACCGAGAAGCCACCAGUGCAAGUUGUAAAACCGGUUGUGAAAACAUUAUCUACCACUGUAAAGAAUGCUCCCAGCGCAGGUGUGGUUGAUGCAUCAGCUGAUCUUGUUAGUCCAAAGAGAGAGCAGAGGGACUCGUUUUCAACAGAUCUAUUAAAGUUUGAAGACAUUGACGAGCAAGACAAGAAUAAUCCCAUUCUGGUUUCUCUCUAUACCAACGACAUACAUGAUUAUUUAAGGACAUUAGAGAAAAAAUUUCCUAUUAAGAAAGGCUAUCUAGCGUGCCAGGAAGUCACCCCUAAGAUGAGAAGUGUAUUGGUCGAUUGGUUGGUAGAAGUACAUCAACAGUUUCGAUUGAUGCAAGAGACAUUGUAUCUCUCCAUCGCAAUUAUCGAUCGCUUUUUACAAGUUUUUCGAACCAUAGAUAGAAAAAAAUUGCAACUGGUCGGCGUAACAGCAACGUUUAUUGCUAGCAAGUAUGAAGAAAUGUAUUCGCCGGAUAUAAGUGAUUUUGUAUAUAUCACGGACAAGGCGUACUCAAAGGCAGAUAUAUUGAACAUGGAAAUGCUCAUUGUGAAAACCUUAGAUUAUUCGUUCGGGCGACCGUUACCGCUGCAUUUUCUUCGGAGAUACAGCAAAGCUGGAAAGGCGCUCCCUAUUCACCACACGAUGGCCAAGUAUUUCCUCGAGCAAAGCUUGGUUUAUUAUGAAAUGUGUCAUUAUCCACCUAGUCUCAUUGCAGCAGCAGCGAUAUAUCUAGCAUUUUUAAUAAUCGGUAAUGAUGAAGAAGACGAGGGCAAGGUUAUUUGGACAGAUACUCUAGCACACUACAGCACUUAUUCCAAGGACGAUGUGUUACCUGCAGUAUAUGAUAUAGCUGCCAUAAUAGUUAACGCAGAAAACAGUAAAUACCAAGCUGUGAGAAAGAAGUACGUCCAUGUAAAAUACAUGAAAAUUAGUAUUCGACCAGAGCUUAAGUCGCCAAUUAUGCUUGCCAUUGCAGCAAGAAACAAUGAAUCAUAAAGUUUUAAUAAAACAAUCGAAUUUGUGAGCAGACUAUGAUUUUGAGACAUUUUCAAUAAGGCGUUUGACUGUCUCGCAUUAAAUGUUCUGUCGAUAAAUAUGUUCAUGAACAUUAUGAUUCAUGGAAGAUCGCGUCUUUCAAAAAAUAAAUGAAGUUGAAGCUUUAUCAAAAUAAUGAAUGUUAUGCGCGCUAAACAUUUAAUGCACAAAUUUCUUAUUGAAAAGUCUAUUCUCAUUUAGUCGCAUGAUGAAAACAAAAACGACACAUAUUUAGAACUUUGUAUACAAACGUUUGUUAUUAUAAUGCAUGAAAAUUUAGUCAGGUAAUACUGAUGGACUUUAUUUUGGACUACCGUAGUGAAACUAGGUAUAGAGGAGAAAGCAUAAAACGCACUUUUAUAAUGAAAUAUUAAAUAAAACUUUUAGUUUUUAUUCCUAGCCGAUUAUAAUAUUUUAAUUUUGAUAUAUAAGUCCUACACAGAUACUUUUGAUGUCACCACAUGAAAAUAUGUGAGUAGUUGAGACAUAUUUCAUUUUUUUCUCUCUUUGUGCUUUUAUAUCCAUAUUUUCUCAAAUAUAGUCUACCUUAAUUAGUAUGCGGGAAUCUAUCGUUAAGCCUUUCGAUUGCUAUUUUGAAAUAUAUAAAUUCGAUGAAAGAUGUGUGUAUGAAAAUGAGAAUCAUAUUUUUGAUGAUACCAUAUAUCCCUUAGGAAAUUUUUAUCAAUAUGGUGAUAAAGAAAUGUUCUUUUACAUUUUGUAUUACUAUAUCCUAUAAUAUGUAUAUAUAUAAAAUAAUUAGUAUGUAAGUAUUUGAGCGCAUCUAAAACGAGAUAAAAUGUUAUAUUGUUAAGCAAUCCAAAUUUUAACACGUCCAAAAUUUAGAUGUUUAAUAUAUGCAUGACUCUAUUUUAAGAUUGAAUACAAGCGGUUAUUAUAUUUAGGCCUUAGUUGCAAAUUUAAUUAUAGUACCAUAAUGAUAUGGAUUAAAUUCCUAACUCUAUAUACACAUGUCUUUGUAAAUAAAUAACUAAAUUACU